AUGCUGAACCAUCCUUCUUCUCCCACACAGUUUUUACUCUCCCUCCUGUUGCUGGUGUGUGGUUGGAACACAGCCGCCUGUUCUCUUGGGGAGGGCAGGAAGAUUUGGCAGCAGCCCAAGCCGGACCCCAUCAUCGAAGGCCAAUCUUUCCUCCAGGACACCUUCCCUUCAGGAUUCCUUUGGGGUUCGGGGACGUCUGCCUUCCAGACAGAGGGAGCCUGGGAUCAGGAGGGGAAAGGCCCAUCCAUCUGGGACCAUUUCACCAACUCCACUGUCAGUGGUAAUUUGGUAAAAGAGACUGCCAAUGUGGCUAGCGACAGCUACACUCGCUGGGAAGAAGAUGUGGAGGCACUGGAGUAUCUAGGUGCAAGAUCAUACUCUUUCUCUCUCUCCUGGCCCAGACUCUUUCCUGAUGGGAAUGCCAGAGGUCAGCCCAAUACAGCUGCUGUGCAACAUUACAGCCGACUCAUAGAGAGGCUUCUGGAAAAGGAAAUUGAGCCCAUCGUCACCCUCCAUCACUGGGACCUGCCACAAGUCCUGCAGGAGCGCUAUGGAGGCUGGAAAAAUGACACACUGGUGGGACUGUUUGAUGAGUACGCUGCCUUUUGUUUCCACACAUUUGGGAGCCGUGUUAGGUACUGGCUCACAAUGAAUAAUCCAUACUUGGUGGCUGUGCAGGGGUAUGGGACAGGUGUGCACGCUCCUGGAGAAACAGGGGGUCCCGCUGGCUCUCUCAUUGUGGCCCACAACCUGAUCAGGGCACACGCCAAAGCAUGGCACACCUACAACACCCACUACCGUGCAGCUCAGAAGGGUAAAGUAUCCAUUGUUUUGGGAACCCACUGGGUUGAGCCACAAAGAGGCCAAGCCACAGCUGCUAAUGUUGAGCUUUGCCAGCAGUCAAUAGAGGCUGUCCUUGGCUGGUUUGCCAACCCCAUCUUUGGGGAUGGAGACUACCCAGUCUCUUUAAAAAUCAAGCAUGGGGCCCUAUUGCCCACAUUCUCCCCUGAGGAGAGGCUGUGGGUGCAGACAACAGCUGACUUUUUUGCUCUGUCCUUUGGGCCUAACAACUUCCGUAUGGGCUGGGGCCUGGCCCAGUAUGGGCAGACUCUGACCCCAGACCUGAGGCGCGUUCUGGGCUGGAUAAAGCUGGAGUAUGGGGAUCCGAUGGUGCUGGUGACUGAGGGAAGCUGGUUUUCUAAAGCCAGCGUGGGAAAGGAGGACACUGUCGCCAUUUACCAUAUGAAGUGGUCUAUCAACAAGGUCCUGCAAGCUAUCAAGUUUGAUGGUGUGCCGGUGUUUGGCUACUCCGCCUGGUCACUGGUGGAUGGAUUCGAGUGGAAUUAUGGCUUCACUGAAAGGCGAGGCCUUUUCUACAUCGAUUUCAGCCAACCAAACCGACCCAGGACUCCAAAGACCACUGCUCAGUACUACAGACGUGUAGUCACUGACAAUGGUUUCCCCAAUUUUGAAACCUCAAGAGAGAUCAGAGGCCGUUUCCCCUGCAAAUUUCACUGGGGUAUUGCCGACUCAACUUUACAGGUCCACUUCUACCCUUUCUCGCCACAAUUUACUGACACCCAUUUGUACAGCUGGAACCUGACAGGAGACGGAUCAUUGCGUCCAGUUCCAGGGGCAAAGAUCCACACCAGACGAGCCCAGUGCACCGACUACUUGGCCAUUCGAGGUCAUCUUCGCCUGUUUGCGUCCACUGGGGCAUCUCACUACAGCUUCGCCCUAAACUGGUCCCUAAUUUUACCCCAGGGAGACCUCUCUAAUGUGAACACUGAAGCUCUGAGGUACUACCGCUGUGUCCUGACCGAGCUCAAGAAGCUGGACCUAGAGGCCGUCGUUAUUCUCUACUACCCCACACACAGAGCAAAUCUGGGCAUGCCUGGGCCACUGCAUGCCUCUGGUGGUUGGCUCAACUACAGCACAGUGGAGGCCUUUCAAGAAUAUGCAGCACUGUGUUACAAGCAGCUGGGGUCCUGGGUUCCAUACUGGAUCACCUUCAAUGAGCCAAACAGGCUGGUAGAUGUUUAUUCCAGUGGGAAAGAAAAGCAUCGGGCAGCUCAUAACCUUCUUCUGGCUCACGCAAAAGCCUGGAGGCUGUACGAGAGGGAACACUCUAGUCAACAGAGAGCACUGGUAUCACUCGCAUUACAUGCAGACUGGGCCAAACCUGCAAACCCCUUCCUGGACUCACAUAAGGCAGCAGCACAGAGAUUCCUUUUGUUUGAACUAGGCCGCUUCUUAGACCCAUUGCUUGGGACUAGAUAUGAGGAGAAGCCUAGCAAGGGGGACUAUCCACAAGAAAUGAAGGCUUACCUGGAGGAGAGAGCUCGAGUAAUGGGCCUCCCUGAAUCCCCUCUUCCUAGCUUUACUGAGACUGAGAGGGAGGAGCUGAGAGGGACUUUGAGUUUUAUCGCACUGAACCAUUUUACCACCCGCUUGGUCUCUCCAUAUCCCUAUACACAGACCAAUUUUCAGCAGGGACAACCCCCUGAUCAUGGCUGUCAAAUCCUUUCUGAUCCCACUUGGCCCUCCUCUAGUCUGGGGAAUGCUGUUGUACCCUGGGGCCUGCGGAAGAUACUAAACUGGGUGACCCAGAGAUAUGGAGGGGCUCUGCCUAUCAUUGUCACAGCCAGUGGAGUUGAUGACCCGGCUCCUGUGGAGGACAAACUCAGGCAACACUUUCUCAGGAGUUAUCUGCAGGAGGCAUUUAAAGCUCACCAAUUAGAUGGAGUCAACCUGCAGGGCUUCUAUGUAUGGAAACUGCAAGAUCGACAUGCUCCCCAGUUUGGCCUCUUCACCUCAACCCACCACCAAUCCAAAGCCAAAGCCUCCAUCGCUGUCUACAAAGAAAUCAUCACUCAUGGCGGUUUCCCUGAGGAUAACACCAUGCAGACCUGCAGGUUAAAUGAGCUGCAUGGACCUUGCUCUGUAUGUGCAUGGAUGUUCGAGAACAAAGCGACGUUGGUCUUCGGAGGUUGCAUCCUAUUAACAGGUGUUAUGUUGACAGCACUUGUCAUCUUUUUCAUCAUCACCAAGAGAAACCAAACAAGAGGCAGAGGGAGUGGGGUGAACAGGAGGAGAAGAAGGGAAGGAGUCCCUGUAUGUUCACGUCCACCUGUUAAGUGCUAA